AUGCCUAAAAUAUCACAAGCUGAUCUCGAAAGAGCAAAGGGCAUUAUCAUGGCCUUGCCCAUGAUGUCACAUACCAUUGUAGACGACACUUUGUACGAGAAGAUCUUGCUAUUCAUCAAUAGCUUGUUAGAGCACGAACCAAGCAUCACAACCACUUUUGAUGAAUGGGGUGUUUUUGCGAUAGUCCAAGAGGCAUGUGUACAAACGGACCAAGAUUAUAGAGUUUAUUCGGUUUGUUACCGCCUCUUGGGUCGCAUAGUUGCCUUUGAUGGUAAAAUGUUUUCCAAGCUGGCUCUGGAGCAACCUGGCCUCUUGACUGGAAUUGCGGCUGGACUGAGAUCAACUGAACCAGCUCUUCGUGUCGCAUGCUUUGAAACUUGUAGAGGAUUUACUAAUUGUUUAGAAGGAACAGUAUGGCUACUUGAAAACGAAAAGAUCAAGACUUUGAUGUCUUCUAUAUUGUUAGACGAUAGUACUUAUGUUGUGGCGGAAAGUUUCAAAUUCUUUCAAAGUCUUGUGGAAAGUAAAGACAAGACUGGUUUCAUUAGUCCGGCACAUCAAGAAGCACUUUCUACCCUUUCCGGCUUGUUGGAUCCUUCGGCAACAAUAAAAGAAUUAUUGCAACCGGAUGUAGACCCAGGAGUGUUGAUGCCAGUUCUUGAAUUCUGUCGUGUUAUGGCAAAUUCACGCACCACCGCAUCUCUAAAUUACCUCGAAGAUUCUGGUAUCCUACAUACUCUCCUGCUUCUGCUUGAUGACUCAAACAGGAUCGUUCGUACACGCAUGAUUGAAAUUCUAUCAGAGUUGUUCAAGUGGGCACCAGACCCACUUGGAUUACUUUUACCAAAACCUACUGAACCAGCAUCAGCAGCAAGGGAUCAUAUUAGACAUGCCUACGAUUUUGUGAUAUCGUUGGUUAUCGACAGAAUACAAAAUCCAGACACAGCAAACACUAUCGUCUCUGGACUUUCUCUUUUGCCUUGUGCUAUAGAUCUCUUGAAGCGCCUCGAGAACAAGAGUGUCAAAGAUGCUCUGGUGAUCCAGGGGACUUUUACACGUGUAUUAGAAGUAUGCAUCAAGGGGCAUACCCUCAAAGAUAUUGACACAUAUACAAAGACUGUAACAAUGUUAAAUACAUCUCGUUCAUUGUCUUACAAAAAGUCUUUGAUGCAAACCGCAUUAAGAGGCCUUAACUACCUUGUCUCAGAAUUUCCAGACACAGAUAUUGUACGUGCUAUUGUGAAUACUAUCAUAAACGCAGAACCUUCUCUCAAUAGCGUGCUAUUGAUUUUGUUGGAUCGUAAAUGGGCUGUAGAUCAAAGUAUUCUCAAGAUGACCUUGGAUCUCCUAUUGUCAUUAUUACAUGCACUCACAUUAACAUCCUUGACCUCUUCGAAUAUUAGUACCAUUGUUUACAAGACUAUGGAUAAACUGAUCCAGAUCUUGAAUGAAGAUGAUGCAAAUUGCCGUUGUGUGUCUCGUAUCCUGGGUACAUUUGAUGCUAUUCUUGAAAAUCCAAAACUCAGUGAGAUUGCUAUGGGAACGAUCAUUUCUGCUUCAUUUGUCAAUGCAUUGAAACUUAAAUUUAUGGAUCCAGAAUGGGAUGUUCGUGACACAGCUGUAGAGUUUGUUGGUCGUCUGUUUGAGUUACAAGAUAGCUCAAAGAGUACAUUUGCUAUUCAGCAUAAUCUUCCAAUGUUGAUAUUUGAUAGAAUCCACGACAAUGAACCUUAUGUACGAGCCUCUGCAUUGACAUCUAUGCAGUUCUUAUUGAGAAAUCGCAAGGGAUGGGCUUUCAUUCAAGAGCAUCCAAAGACGCGGGACAUUGCUAGAAAACUACCCAGACUGUUGCAUGACGACGAGGCCUUUGUGAGAAGAGCAGCCUUGGAUGUGCUUUCCUGCUUAGUCGACAAUCGAUCAUGCCAGGGUAUCCAAGUAGGAUUGAAUAAUGACAUUAAAGAUUCUUUAAACCCUGCUAUUGUUUCUAGAAUGAUGGAUGAUCCAGAUUCAGAAGUACGCGUAAGAGCUUGUAGAUUCUUGGAAAGCUUGUGGAAUUUGCACCUUCAUGACAGUGAACAGCAGAAACGAAACAAGACGGACGAUGAUUUUAUGGGAGUAGAUACAGAAUCAUAUUUUUAUGUCUUGGAAGGAAAUCGUUUGUUACUUGAUGCCCCCAAUGACACCCAGCGUAUAGUACGAGCAGAAGUCCUAAAGAUCAUUGAGCGUAUCUUGAAUGAUAGCCCAACGUCUGCUGCUGUGUCUCGAAAACGAUCGAUCCAAGUAGAUGAUCGGGACACACACUUUUUGGAAGAGUUGGGUAAUGUUGAUUUGGAAAAACUGCGUCAGAGAUCGAUUCCAGAGCAUUUUUACGAAGAAACUUUUGUAAUUGAUGCCGAGAUGAUGACACAAUCACUAGAACCUCUCAACUCUGGAGACGAUGUCAAUAUGCUCGAUUGUUAUUAA